AUGACAGAAUCCCAGCUUUCAAGGAUCAAAAAGGUCCUGAUAGCCAAUCGUGGAGAAAUUGCUGUUCGGUGUAUCCGGGCAUGUUCGGCGUUGGGUGUUAGAAGCGUAUCUAUAUACACAGCUUCAGAUUCUACAUCACUUCAUGUUAGCGCCGCAGACGAGUCGGUAGCUCUCAAGUCUGAUGGCACACCGGGUUACUUGGACGUAGAAAAUAUACUACAGAUUUGCAAGGACCGCGAAGUCGACGCAGUUAUUCCUGGUUACGGUUUUCUCAGCGAGAAUGCGGACUUUGCCCGGAAAAUUGUACAGGCGGGGAUAGCAUUCGUUGGACCAUCGGCGGAAUGUAUUGCUGACAUGGGGCUGAAGCAUCGCGCACGCGAGCUCGCGAUUGCAACUGGUGUUCCAGUUGUUCCGGGAACUGGACUGCUUCUGAGUGAAGAUGAAGCUGUGGAAGCAGGCCAUCAUCUUGGUUAUCCAAUUAUGUUGAAAGCGACCGGAGGCGGUGGCGGGAUGGGCCUUCAAGUAUGCAAGGAUGCCGACGAAGUGAGAGAGAAGUUCAAAAGUGUGAAGAGUCGUGGAGAGACGUUGUUCCAGAAUUCCGGGAUCUUCGUUGAAAAAUACUACCCAAAAAGCCGACAUAUAGAAGUACAGGUCUUUGGCAAUGGCUCUGAGGUCAUUCACUUCGGCGAAAGAGAGUGUAGCAUCCAGCGCCGACACCAAAAGAUUAUCGAAGAAUGCCCAUCGCCAUUUGUAGAGGCGAGACGUGGAUUGAGAGAGAAGCUUACUAGUUCCGCGACCAGAUUUGCCCGAGCUCUGAACUACAAGUCAGUCGGAACAGUCGAAUUUCUCGAGGAUGACGAAACAGGAGACUUCUUUUUCCUUGAGAUGAAUACGAGACUGCAGGUAGAACAUGGGGUCACAGAAUUAUGCUACAGCAUAGAUCUUGUGGCCUUGAUGUUGCGUCAAGCUGAUGCCGAGUUGGCUGGGAAACCUGGAAUUUCAGCGGAGGAACUACUUCUUCUCCAAGAUUUUCGACUCAAUGGAGCUUCAAUCGAGGCGCGUGUGUAUGCAGAGAUACCGUCGCGUGAUUUCGCACCAAGUCCAGGUAUUCUUCAGGAAGUAGUCAUUCCCAGUGUUACGACUCUCCGGGUAGACACGUGGGUGAGAGCCGGUCAAGAAAUCACUACAAGCUACGAUCCACUGAUCGCGAAAGUAAUGGUCUUUGCGUCGUCUAGAUCAGAGGCUAUCAACUCCAUGAUCAAGUUGCUUGAUUCUGAAGUUUCCUUCAAGGGACCCGCAAACAACAUGGACUUUUUGAGAGACAUUGUCGCUUCUGAACAAUUCAAAGAUGGUAAAACGACGACAGACUUCAUUACGAACAAUCUUUCGUACAGACCAUGUGCUAUUGACUUCCUCUUCGGAGGUGCUUUUACAACUGUUCAAGAUGUUGGAAGGCCCAAAAAGGGACACGGAAUCCCCAAAGGUGGUCCUAUGGAUAUUGUAUCUGCUCGAUUAGCUAACAUUCUUGUCGGGAAUCUGCCUGAAGAUGAGCUCUUGGAGAUCACAUUAAGCGGACCAGAAAUGUUGUUCUUGUCUGCUGCUGUGAUAGCCGUGUGUGGUGCACCAACUACGCUCACUAUUGACGGAAAAGAGGUAUCUCUAUGGAAACGACUCGUUGUCCAGCGUGGACAACGAGUCAAAGUGGGUUUUAUCAACGGUCCGGGUAUUCGUGCGUAUCUUGCAAUCAAAGGUGGCUUCCCUGGCGUUCCUGUUUUGUUUGGAUCAAAAUCAACAACACCCAGCCAGAAAUAUGGAGGCACACAAGGGCGACAGAUACGCACCGGGGAUUAUUUGAAACUUUCAGAUAAGAGUCCACUGUGGGCAGAAGAGAUGGUGGAAUACUCCUUACCGCUUAAGCUCAUACCGGAUUAUAAUUUUGAAGAGAUUUACGUUAUGCAAGGCCCUCACGAUUCGGCAGAUAUUAUGACAGAUACUGAUCGAAACAUGUUGUAUUCGACUGCUUGGAAGGUUGGACACAAUUCAAAUAGAACAGGCAUAAAACUCAUCGGGCCAACUCCCCAAUGGGCAAGAAAGGACGGUGGGGAAGCUGGCUCUCACCCUUCGAAUUACCUUGACUUUGGAUAUCCCUCUCCUGGCGGCGUUAACUGGGGUGGAGAUGCUUCUACAAUUCUAUGCUACGAUAGUCCUAAUUUUGGUGGACUCGUCUGCUCAAGCACAGUUAUCACCGCAGAGCUAUGGAAGCUCGGCCAGCUUAGACCUGAUGAUCGAGUUAAACUGACUCCUGUUUCCAUGGAAUCCGCCACCGAGCUUCGGAAAAAACUAGAUGAGUACCUAGCAUUCGUUCAAAAAAUUGUCAGUGAUUGUAAAGAGACAGUCGCUACCAACCCAAAACUUCCUAUGAACCUCAAUCCUGUCGCGAUUAACAAAAGUGUUGCAGUUCUCAAAGAAGUUUCAGCAAGUGGAGCACUCCGACCAAAAGUUGUUUAUAGACAAGGGGGAGACGCUUUCAUAUUGAUAGAAUUUGGAGAACAGUCUGCCGAUAUAUCCGUCAUGUCGCGCAUAAGACUUCUGGUUUGCAAGCUUGAGGAACAAAAUCUAAAUGUUCUACUGACACCACAUGUGGGAUGCUUAACGAUAGAGUACGAUCCAAUCAGUAUCUCACAGAAGGAUUUCGUGAACUUGCUCCACGAUCUCGAGACAUCCAUAACUGCUUCCGUAGACAUGAAAAUCAAAUGUCGCGAGUUUCGGCUUCCCGUGGUUCUCGAUCACCCCGACCUUGAUAUGUGUAUUCAACGUUACAUGGCUACAACGCGAAACAAGGCGGUAUAUCUACCUGAUAACGUCGAAUAUGUGCGGAAAGCCAACGCUUUGCAAAGUAGAAGAGAUGCCUUGGACAUUCUUACGAAUACCACGUUUGUUGUCCCUGCUGUGGGCUUCAUUUCUGGACUUCCCAUGCUCUUCCCACUUGCACCCAAGGCAUUCCUCGCGCAGAAAUACAAUCCAACUCGUAUAUCAACACCAGGAGGCACGAUAGGGGUUGGUGGUUCUCUCCUCGCCAUCUAUCCCAUGGAUCAGCCAGGCGGCUACAUGAUGCUUGCGCGGACGCUAGAGAUGUUUGACCCGUACGGGACCAAACCUGGGUUCACGACGGAAAAACCGUGGAUUAUGGAGCCGUAUGACCUUGUGAAAUUCUUCGAGGUCAGUGUCGAAGAGUACGACGCUCUCGCAACAGCCUAUUUCGCUGGCCAGUACAAGUGGCAGGUCUCGGAUGGGAUAUUUGACGUGAGACACUCGUACGACAUGUUCCAAGCAGCGAAGGCUGAUCCAGACGCCAUUGCGUACAAAGAAAGGCAACUGAAAGCGCUCAAUGAGCAGGGAGAGAUUGAGAAGGUCAUCUACAAGCAGUGGGAGGCUGAAGUAGCUGAAGAACCGGUAGAUGAGGCGUUUGUGCAAAGUAUGAUGAAAGACGAGAACAUUGCCACAAUAAGGUCUCCAAUGGCGGCGAACGUAUGGAAGAUACUGGUUAAGAAUGGUGACGUUUUGGUCAAAGACCAGUUGGUGGCGAUUUUAGAAGCGAUGAAGAUGGAGAUCAAUUUGCAUGCACCCGCCUCAACUCAAGGGAAAAAGGUCAAAGCAAUCAUCAAGAAGCCCGGCAGUUCGGUCAAUGCCGAUGAUGCGAUCAUUACGGCGGAGUAG